UCCCUGUCUGUGACUGUCUCAGGUUCCUCUGAAGAACAGCAUGUUCCGCCCUCCUGUCCCAGCAGGGGGCGCCACAGCCUGCACUCAGCUGCUUUUUCAGGCGAUUGAAAAAAAAAAGCAGAAUCACGUGUUUUUGUCUCUGUGACGUUUCAGGUGCGUGAAGGGUUAAAAACAGCGCCAAAGUUUAACCCUUCAGGGUCCGAUCACCUGACAGCAACACGCACGAGGAACGUUUCACAGCUCGCUCUGCCCCGCCCACCCUGAAAUACACACACACACCGCAGCAGCUUCCUCCAGCACACAGACGUCUCUGCGCUGUUCUGCAGGAAACGGAACCCACCGGAACCGGACUGAGACCGAGCCGCAGCAACCCGGCAGGUGUGUCCGCUGUGCGUCUGCGCGGAGGUUCCGGUUCUGCUGACGGGAUCCAGAGCAGGUGGAUGCUCAGAGGUUGAUGAGGAUGAUGAUGAUGAUGAUGACAUCCUCCCCCUCAGAGAAGAUGAAGAAGAAACCUCCAAAGGACAGUCUGACUCUGCUGCCAUGUUUCUACUUCGUAGAGCUGCCCAUUGUGGCUUCUUCUAUGGUGUCGCUGUACUUCCUGGAGCUGACCGAUGUGGUGAAGCCGGCUCAAGUGGGUUUCCGGUGCCACGACAGAGAUUUGAGUAUGCCGUAUGUGGAUGGAGGAGAUGAGCUGAUCCCACUGCUGAUGCUCCUAAGCCUCGCCUUCGCUGGACCUGCUGCUUCGAUUAUGCUGGUGGAAGGAGCAAUCUACUGCCUGCAGUCCCGUCUGAAACUCCGCCGAGCUGAGGGAAGCAUCAACGCCGGUGGCUGCAGUUUCAACUCCUUCCUGAGGAGAACGGUCCGUUUCGUAGGUGUGCACGUGUUCGGCCUGUGUGCGACUGCGCUGCUCACUGACAUCAUCCAGCUGUCCACGGGUUACCACGCACCAUUCUUCCUCACUGUCUGCAAACCUAACUACACUCUGGCGGGUGUGUCAUGUGAGAAGAAUGCCUACAUCACCACAGACAUCUGCUCUGGGCAGGAUGAGCACGCCAUCAUGGCUGCGAGAAAGACGUUUCCUUCCCAGCAUGCAACUCUGUCAGCGUUCGCUGCUGUUUAUGUUUCUAUGUACUUUAACUCGACCAUCUCAGACAGCACCAAGCUGCUCAAACCGGUGCUGGUGUUUGCAUUUGCCAUUGCCGCGGCGCUGACUGGCCUGACUCAGAUCACGCAGCAUCGUAGCCACCCCAUCGACGUCUAUGUGGGCUUCCUCAUCGGAGCCUUCAUCGCCGCCUACCUGGCCCUUCACGCUGUUGCCAACUUCAAAUCAUCUGAUGACAUCACUCCACCCCCACCUCCUCCACCCCUAAAGGCGGACCCUCUCCGAGCACUGACUGAGCGGGGACACGAGUCAGUCUAUAACAAAGGCCCUGCCUCUGCCUCAGAGAGUAACGAUGAGAUAGCGGCAGCUCCGGCUCCCAUGGACCGGCUGGAUGGCCUGGGGCCCCUGCAGAGGGAGAAGGGGUCCAUGGGAAGUCUGAAGAGGGCCAGUGUGGAUGUAGAGCUGCUGGCUCCCCGAAGCCCCAUGGGAAAGGAGACCAUGGUGACCUUCAGCAACACGCUGCCAAGAGCUAGCACGAAUGUAAAUGGUGUACUGGGGGCCAACGAUGCCUCUGAGGAGCCGGUCCAGCCGGUGCAGCCAGUGCAGCCAGUGCAGCGCCGUCUGAAAGCUGUUCAGGUGCCCAUGGACCCUAUGCGGUCGCAGCAGCUGGUGUCGGAGUGGAAGCAGAAGUCGAUGGAGAUGCGAGGUAUGAGUGUUCGGGACGAGGCAGAGCACGAAGCCAGUGAGGACGGCUCUGAGGUGGGCUCUGUGGGGACUGAUGAUGGCAGUUCUCAAGCCCCGAUCUACCAGCCUGCAGUGCAUGCCGGGAGGGCAAACGCAAGUCGCAACCCCACUCCACCUCCAGGGGGGGCCAAAGCUGUGGCAACACCCAGAGCCCCACAGAUCCCAGAAGCAGGACCCCCACCGGUUUCUCCAAAAAGUGCCCUAACCCGAGCCAAGUGGCUCGCCAUCCGGGAGAAGACAACUGGGGAGGGGUCCGGGCGUGGUGCUGCCAACCAGCCACGACUGAUGCAAGUCAUUGCUAUGUCCAAGCAGCAGGGCCUGCUGCCAUCCUCGUCCUCUGGGGAGAAGUCCUCCGAAACCACAUCCACCUGCUCUGCCAUCUCCUCCACUGCCGACUCGCCACACUACCGCCACCCCUUUGAGCAACCACGGGAGGGGCCAGGUAUCAUCACAGUGGAUGCCCAUGCAUCCCACUAUCCUGUUGUCCAAGUCCCGCUUCCUCCCCAAGCCCAUCCCCCAUCAGGUAAUGGUAACCCAUGGGAGUGGGUGGGGGCACCCAAUGGGGGAGACCCACGAGAAACCUACAGCCUCUCUAACCUGAAUCGAGGAGAUUCGGCCAGCCGCAGCAGCAGCAGCUUCCACCCACGCCGCUCUGCCUCACCAUGCGCCACUGUUGACCCUACCAUAUCCUCAAGCCCACCUCACCAGCAGGUAGAGAUGUCAUCAGAUGCUCAGCGCAGGGAGAUGGCCAUGAGGCGCAAGACAGCACUGGUUCUGUUGGAUCGAGAGAUCCGUAACCAGACUGAGCAGGAGAACUAUUAUAAGAGUCUGCAGGGACGGAGGUUCAAAGAUUAGUCUGUUACUUUUCAAAAUAAAAGCCUUACUCUGAAACUGGUCACUAACAGCACAAAACCUGGUUGGCAACAAGGAGCGUGAUGCUAUGCAAGCAAAAAGCUGUGAGAAGAGGUUUCCACCCAGGAGAUGAUGAGCUCAAGGUUUAGGAGCUCAACACUUGGAUAGUUUCUCUCCACAAAAAGACAUCUUACCUCUAAGAGAGUCUAGGAGGACAUCAAUGCUAUUGCAACUAUUUAUUUUUCCAAGUGAACCCACCACAGAGCACCAUAUUAUUAUUAUUAUUAUUGUUAUUAUUAUUAUUAUUAUUAUUAUUAUUAGUAGUAGUAGUAUCAUUAUUAUAAUUCUUGAGAUAAGUUGCUAUCCAAAGAAAUCAUCCCAAGAAGGAUGGAUUCAGUGGUUAUAAACAGAGACAGAGGUGUUGUUCACAUUUAUCAGAUGAUCUCACUGUUUCUGGUCAGUGAUGGUGCUGAGGUACCUCUGCUCUUCCACCCAUUCAGUUUCCUGUUCAGUGACUUUAACUUUAGAAAGGAUUCAGGCUGUGGCUAAAGGACAGUUUUAAUCCCGAAGGAAUCCAAUCACAAACUUCUUUAGACUGACACAGACUGACCCGAUUUUUCUGUGAUCCAGAAAGGAACACCUCCAUCUGUGCCGAAGAGAUGCUGUCCACUGUGUUGAGCCUCUAAGAAGAAAGGAACUCAUUCAAUAAACAGCUCAAAGUCAAAGCACAGAGACAAACUCAAACACUAAAUUUUUGAAACACCCGAACAAACCCUAACCCUGCAGCAAACAACAUCCCUGUGACAAACAAGGACCCUGUCACAAACAAGAACCCUCCAACAAACCCUGUGACAAACAAGGACCCUGUCACAAACAAGAACCCUCCAACAAACCCUAAACCUGCGACAAACAAGAACCCUGUGACAAACAAAGGACCGUGUGACAAACAAGAACCCUUUGAUAAACAAGAACCCACCGACAAACCCUAACCCUCCAACAAACAAGAAACCUGCAACAAACCCUAAACCUGCGACAAACAAGAACCCUUUGAUAAACAAGAACCCUCCGACAAACAAGAACCCUCCGACAAACAAAAAUCCUCCAAUAAACAAGAACUCUCCAACAAACCCUAACCUUCCAACAAACCGUAGCCCUGCGACAAACCGUAGCCCUGCAACAAACCUUAACCCUGCGACAAACAAGAACCCUCCGACAAACAAACAUCCUCCAAUAAACAAGAGCUCUCCAACAAACCGUAGCCCUGCGGCAAACCGUACCCCGGCGACAAACCAUAACCCUGCGACAAACAAGAACCCUGCAGCAGAACCCAACCCCUCCAGUUAUGGAUUCUGUGAUGGCGGCCAUGUUGGCAGUCUAAAUCAGAUUGUAUAUUUCUUGCCUCUCUGAUGUGAUGGUUCGGUUGCUAUAGUGAUUCUCAGCAUGUUUGUUUGUUUGUGUGUGGUGCUGUCUGAUUGGUGGAGGUUGUGAGUGUUUUGUUUUUGCGUGUGAAUGAUAGUACUUAUUACUAAUGGACCGACAUGAGAUUAAAUCUCGUCACAGACGUUUAGGUUUAAAAAUAAACUAGGUGAUUUUGUUUCAGAGCUUUAUAAGUGCGAAAGACGGCCGAAAUUUUACGUGCGUGAAUAUUAAUCAAAUGUUUCUUCAAAGAAUCGCAAUGAAAAAUGGUGUUAAAGCCAUGGCUUCACAGUAAAGCUAUUUAUUUCUGUCUACAGAAAGUUUAUGUUUCAGUUAAACAAGAUUACUUAUUUGAUUGAUUAUGCAUGUCCUGAUUGUCCACAGAGAUCAACAUCUCUAUGAAACAUCUGAAACACCAAUGAUAAUUAACGUAGCGUUGCUAAAAGGUUUUUUAGUGCAACGAUAUUGAUUCAGAGCAACAUUAUGGACAACUUGUGGUGUUUUGACCAGCUAAACUGACAUAAAUAACAGUAAAGUUAA